UUUUCGGAGCUCAGCCUCGGACAGCUUCGGCCGAAAUGAAUCAAUCCCGGUUCAUGUUAUCGAUGAUGACCACGGUAAUCCCAGAUGAGGAUCCACCCACCGCAACGCAGCGGAGGAGGCUGCCGCCGCCGCCUCCUGAUCUCAGCCGCCACCACCACCACCAGCAGCCGCUUCAUCGACCCCACACACACAAAGCCGCUCCUCUCCCGGCUGGCUCCGGCCAAAUCCCCAUCCCCCGCCAGGCAACCUCCCAAGCGCAGAGGGCCCAAAGCCACGCCUCCCAAGCCCCAUGCGUUCCCUCUUGUCUCCGUUAAUAAUAACAACCCGGGCAGCCAGCCGUGAGUACAGCACUCCCUCUCUCCCCCCUUCCUUUACUCACCGGCCGGUCUGCCCGCACUCUCUCGCAGUCAGCAACAGCGAGACGCACCGGGCAAGCCACCUCCAUAUACAGUCGGCGUAUCAUCAUCAUCAUCACCACCACCACCAUCACCCCCCACUGCUUCGCCUCCUCCGCUUUCUUGUCGUCUUCCCGAAGCCGCGCGUCUCGGCUCGCCUGACAGAGUCCUCCGCCUUUGUUAGGAGCUAGGGGAGAAGCAACGCAACAGCCAAAAGGGAGGCGCUAGUGGCGGUGUAAGUUUGCACAGGAAGAGGCUGUGGCGUGAUGCUGCGAGGGGCCUGCCUUUGAUUGAAUAACCAAAGAGGGGUGGGUGGGGGUGUAGGGAGUUUGUUCCAGGAAUCGAGUUUAGAGGAACCUUUUUUCGGUGUGUGUGUGUAUUUGUAGGUGUGUGUGUGUGUUGUGUCUCUCUGUAAGUCUGGUCGCAAAUAGCCGCAUUGCGAUUGUAAGCGGCUACACCAACCAUUCACGUGCAAGGCGCGCAUUGAGUGUGAGAGGCGAGAGACCGAGGGAUUAUUAGGCGCCUCUCCUUGCCACGACGAUGUGGCCAUUCAGUUUCAUCCAGAAGGAGAAGAACUCGAACCAGAACAAUAAGUCGCUGGCGUUGCAGGAGCAGCAGCAGCAGCGAAACCAGCAGCAGCAGUGCACGGUGAGCUACAGCAGCAAGGAUGUGUCGAGGAAGCACAGCAACGACGCGUCCAAGAACGGCAACGGGAAUCUGCCCCUGCCGCAGACCCAGGCGGUAACCACAUCCCAGCCCGUCCCGCAGAAGACCGCCGCCGCAACUACCAACACCGCCGCCACCCAUCUUCUGGUGAACCCUCAACCCCAGGCGGGCACCACCACGCAGUCGUCCGUCCAGAACCAGCCGCCGCCGCCGCUGCCGCCGGGUGCCCAGCUCCUCCUGUCCAACGCCCAUCCGCUGGCCGUGCCGCUGGCGCUGCCGGGGCUACCGGCCCCGGCCUCGUCCGCGGCGGCCACCCGCGCCGUGCUGCAGCCGAGGAAGAACGCCGUGACGGACGACUUCAGGAUCACGGGGCAGGUGCUCGGGCUGGGCAUCAACGGCAAGGUGGUGGAGUGCUACAAUAAGAAGACGGCGGAGAAGUUCGCUCUCAAGCUGCUCCAGGACUGCCCGAAGGCUCGGAGGGAGGUGGACCUGCACUGGCGCGCGUCCACCUGCCCGCACGUCGUGCGCAUCGUGGACGUGUAUGAAAACCUGCACCAGGGGAAGCGCUGCCUGCUCAUAGUCAUGGAGAUAAUGCUGGGUGGGGAGCUCUUUAGUCGGAUUCAGGAGCGGGGAGACCAGGCAUUCACCGAGCGAGAGGCCUCUGGGAUCAUGCGGGACAUUGGCCAGGCUGUGCAAUCGCUGCACGCAAUGAAUAUCGCACAUAGGGAUGUCAAGCCAGAGAACCUGCUUUACACGUCAAAGAAGCCCAAUGCCUUGCUCAAGCUCACCGACUUUGGAUUCGCAAAAGAGACCACCAGAUGCAACUCAUUGGCCACUCCAUGUUACACACCGUACUACGUCGCGCCGGAGGUCUUGGGCUCUGUGAAAUACGACAAGUCCUGCGACAUGUGGUCACUGGGAGUCAUCAUGUACAUCCUUUUGUGUGGCUUUCCUCCCUUCUACUCGAAUCACGGGUUGGCCAUUUCACCAGGGAUGAAGAAACGCAUCCGCAUGGGCCAGUACGAGUUCCCUAACCCCGAGUGGGCUGACGUCUCCGAAGAAGCAAAGCAGCUGAUCCGUCAUCUUCUGAAGACGGACCCAACUGCGCGGAUGACAAUCACCGAAUUCAUGAAUCAUCCAUGGAUAAAUCAAUCCAUGGAGGUGCCCCAGACACCUCUCCACACCAGCCGCGUCCUCAUGGAGGACAAAGAUCUGUGGGAAGAGGUGAAGGAUGAAAUGACAAGUGCCCUGGCGUCUCUGCGGGUCGACUACGAACAAGUGAGGAUAAAGAACGUGGCCGAGUCGAGCAAUCCCCUCCUCAACAAACGCCGCAAGAAACAGGAACAGCCAAAGAAUGCCAACAAAAGCUGAACUCACUAGGGGAAGCAAUGCCCCUGGCAUGUCGCGGCCACCGCGUGGCACACUCACUCACACGUACGUGCCAAGUUCCGACCGUCAACAUCGCGCUCUCGUGCGCAAGGCUUCUCCCCCCCCCCCCCCCCCCCCCCCCAAGAUAUUUCAGGUUCAAGAGUGCGAAACCGUACUGAAGUCUCGAACUUUUUUGAGAGGUUGCUAAAAACACCUCUCGGACUUGUGGAAAAUGAUUGGGAUAUUUCAAACUGACGGGAGAGCCUUAAAACGUCUUUCUUCGUGUUGCGAGACCCUCAGAAGUCUCACUCCUGUGUGAGGGGAGGUCUCUAAGGUGCACAAGAGCAGCACCGUUACAGAAAUGUUUGCAACAGCGGUUACUGUUUUUGUAUUCUGUCUGCACGAGUGGUAUGGCUGGCAGGGAUAUUGACUCGAAGGAAAAGUUUAGGCUUGGUUGUUACUUUUUUUAGGCUUGCGCAAAUAUGUUGACGAGAUCGGCUGUCAGAAAAUGGCACACGAUGGCACGUUCAUACCAGUCUCAGAAGAAAAAAAAACCCAGGUGUUUUAUCUUACGAGAGUUCCUUGCCUCUUCGUUGCGCCCUUCACAAGGGGAAUUGUAGCCCAGUGUCUUGGCCCAGUGCUGGUCUUAAUGUGGUGGCAAUGGAAAAUGUCGCAGCCUUACCAACAGUGAGCUAAUCUGACAACUGCCUCCCUCAAUCCGCAAGUGAAAAGUGAAGAGAUGCCCAACUGCAUCCCAGAAACCUAUAUACCUUAGUGGUGAAGACAGACCUUCAAUCAUGCCCACUUCCCCCGUGGAUGCAUGGUGGCCGUUUGGAUCGUCAUUCAUGUUCUGUCGUGUAGGAUGGCAAAAUGCAGGCAAGCCUGUUCAUGGCCACGUGUGUUUUAAAAGAGCGUUCAAUUUCCUCCUGCAUCUGAAUGCAGUGCUAAUUUGCAGGCACGGUCAUGGACCGUGUCCCACAACGGCAACGCACCCCCCGUGGUGGCACUGCACAUGAUCAUUUUACAGAUGAGCAAAAAGAAUCCCCUAAUUAUUGAGCACGUCUUUGGCACACAAGAGGGAUCGUCCAGAUUGCGCCAAAGUGCAAGCGAACGGGCAAAUGAAAGUUUGCUUGCAAAUCGUUGUGGGUCUUGUGUUUUUUUUGCCAAUAUAAUGCUUACAAGGGAAUGUGCCUGUUUUACAUCCAGAUGGUUGGCUACGUACGGUGCAAAAGAAGUUCACGCAAGUGUAUGUGGCUUUAAGCAUCACGUGUCCGAAAGGCUAUAUCUUUUGUUACACUAAAAAGUGAAAAAAAUGAGGUUACAUUGAAUGGCUGUGAAAUAACACCGACCAUUAUUUGUGUUUUGUAUUCAUUGGCAUAUGACCGCAGCAAGUUCAACUUUAUCCACAGUAAUUGUGUUUAUCCAUACCCAUUGCCGAAUAGAUUAACGUAAUUCGCUACAUUGGGAUACAAUGUACAUAUUUUAAUAAGCUGAGAAUUAAUUUUAGAAAUGUUAAACCUAUAAAGUGUUUUAUGACUGCAAACUUAAAGUAUGUCGUCUCUUGAAUAUAAGAUUUAAACAUUUCAUGCUUGUGUAAAAUUCUUGUUAAUCGUGCACAAACAUUACAAUAGUGCAAACCAUUUUCUUACUGCGAGAAAUGUAGAUAAACAAUCGUAGAGUAUAAUAUAGUUUAAAGUUACUGUAUUUUGCGAUAUAGUUUUAUUUCAAAGACAAACGCCCUACAUAGUUUGCAUUGUAGACUGCGAAGUAUGAAUGUAAUGUUUCUCCAAACAGCUUGAAAAAACAGCAAGCCCAGUGUGAAUCUGAAACUUUUUUUGCAGUUUUUUUUCAUGGAGAUAUUUUAGCCAUAAUUCAGUCACUCUGGAGAGAUGAUUAUGGGUUCGUUUGUUUUUUCCCCCCCCCAAAAUAAAAUUGGACCCAUUCCAAACAUUGCAAUUCA